AUGGACGCGCCCAAGUCCAAGGAUGACUUCCCUCCGGAUACGAUUACGCCACAGUACACGGCCGAGGAGGGGACUGUGGGCGCCGUGCUCAACGCAUCCGGUCACGCACAGGAACUCGAGCGGAACUUUAGUCUCUGGAGCGCCGCCUCGGUCGGCAUCUGCACGGGAAAUACUUGGGUAGCUCUGGGCGGCAGCAUUGUUAUCUCCUUGUAUAACGGCGGUCCGCCCGGUGUCAUCUACGAGCUGUUUGCCGCCUGGUUCUUCUACUCCCUUCUGGCUGCCUGCAUUGCCGAACUUGUGUCAGCCAUCCCCUCUAGUGCCGGCGUCUACCACUGGGCUUCCGUUACCCCCGGGCGCAAAUAUGGCAGAGUCGUGGGAUAUUUCGCCGGUUGGUGGAACGCCUUUGCCUACGUCUUCGGCGCCGCCUCGAUGAGCGCCAUCACAGCCAACUUGAUCCUUGCCAUGUACGGCCUCUUCCAUCCCGAGUACGUCUGGCAGCGUUGGCACACCUUUGUGACCUACCUCAUUGCCACAUGGUGCUGCUGCGCCGCCGUCCUCUUCGCCAACCGCGCCCUCCCACUCGUCAACCAGAUCGGUCUCUUCCUCAUCGUGGCCGGAUGCUUCGUGACUGUUCUUGUCUGUGCCAUCAUGCCCGGCACGACCGGUAACGGGUGGGCCUCCAACGCCUUCGUGUGGCGAGACUUUGUGAACCAGACUGGCUACUCGUCAGAUAGCUUCGCAUUCUUGACGGGUAUGUUGAAUGCCUCGUAUGCCGUUGGCGUCCCGGACUGCGUCGCCCACUUGGCCGAGGAGAUCCCCAAGCCGCGUAUCAACGUGCCUAAGGCCAUUGCUAUGCAACAGCUCGUUGGCCUCUUUACUGCAUUCGUUUAUCUCGUUGCCAUCUUCUACAGCAUCCAGGACUUCGACGCGCUCCUGGCCAACACGUAUACAGUCCCGUUGGCUGAGCUCUACUUGCAAGCAACGUCGUCACGGGCCGGCGCUCUCGGGCUGCUCAUCAUCGUUCUGCUCCCGACCGUCUGCACGCUCAUCGGCAUCUACAUCACGGCCGGUCGUAUGCUCUGGACACUGGCCCGCGAGGGCGCGACGCCCUUCCCCGGCAUCCUUAGUCAUAUCUCCCCGACGUACAAAAACCCCUUCAACGCAACCGUGGCCUGCGGCCUCAUAGUCACGGCUAUGGGUGCGAUCUACGUCGGCUCCACGACCGCCUUCAACGCUUUCGUAGGCUCCUUCGUCGUGCUGCUCACUCUGUCCUUCCUGGCCGCCAUCUUGCCACACCUCCUGACCCGGCGCCGCAAUGUCGUGCCCGGUCCAUUCUGGAUGCCCGACUCGGUCGCGUACAUCGUCGGCAGCAUUGGAUGUGCGUACAUCUGCGUGUUCGUGGUGAUAUAUUGCUUCCCCUACGCCGUGCCGUUUGAUGCCGCAAGCAUGAACUAUUCCUGCUUGAUCACUGGCGGCUUAACAAUUUUCAUGGGUGCGUGGUGGGUUUGGAUCAGAAAGAGGGGUUAUAUUGGGCCUCAGCCGCUGGUUGAGGAGGCAGCAACAGCCGGGGGGCACCACCACACUAGGAUCAGUAGCGAUGAGGCGUAG